CUUUCAUAAAGUGUGAGAACAUAAAAAAAAAUAGUUAGCUAAACAAAGAAGAGAGGAAAGCAAAAAAAAAAAGAUCUGAGUGAAACAUAGAAAAUAUGAGACCAUUGAGCAUUAAACAUGUUGUAGCGAGACAUGCCACGUCAGUAAAGCCACUCGAGAGCCACGGACCGCCUCUAUCGCCGUGGCACUCGCCGGUGCCGUACCUUUUCGGUGGUCUUGCGGCUAUGUUAGGACUCAUAGCAUUCGCUUUACUUAUCCUCGCUUGUUCUUACUGGCGCUUGUCCACCUCCGGUGAUGACUCAGGCGAAGGCAACAGUGGAGGAGCCGACGAGGAGAAAGAGAGUCGUUCAGGAGCGAAGGCUGAGAGCGUGGCGUAUGAGGAGAAGAUUCUUGUCAUAAUGGCCGGAGAUGACUUGCCUAGGUAUCUUGCUACGCCGGCGAUGAAUAAGUGUAUGUGCGGUGGUCAUGAGGGUAAAGUUGUAAUUUCCAAGGAGGAGGACGGUGGUGCUGAGGAGGAGAAGAUGGGUGAUAAAACGAAAGGAGAUGAAGAAACGAGUCAUCACUGAGCUUUUUGUUUUGGUUUUUUAUUUUUUUUUCUCUUUUUUGGAACUUUUUGUUGUUGCUUGGGGAUUUUACUUGGGAAAUUUUGGGAAUGUAAAUUUUACUAAGAGAGAAAAUUUUGAGAGUUAUGAUUAAUAUAUGUUUUUUUUAAUCGUAAUUUCUUAUUCCAAGACAAGUGAUUGAUCGUCAA